GUCACACCGUACCGCGUGCCGAUGGUGUAAUCACCCGGAAGUGAUCCCACGAGCUCUUCCUAGAUCGACACCGGCAAGAUGGCGGCGGACACGCAGGUUUCAGAGACUCUGAAGAGAUUUGCCCAGAAAGUGACCACAGCCAGUGUGAGAGAGCGCAGGCAUGUGCUUGAGGAGCUGAAGCAGUGUGUCUCUGGCCGAGACUUGCCUGAGCCUACGGUCAAGGGGCUCUGCAAACUAUUCUGCCUGGCACUGCACAGAUACAGGGAUGCUGCCUCUCGCAGAGCCUUGCAUUCUGUCAUCAGCACCAUGGCUGCUUCCCAGCCUGCCGUCACGGCGACCAGCCUCCUCCACUGCCUGCUCAACAGUGGCAUCAUUAGCAAGACCGGGUUGCCCAGUAAAGGCACUGCCCCUGCUGCCUCCAUGGGCCUUUCCUGGACCUGUCUGCUGGUGCGAGCUGUGUGUCCCACUCCAGAGACCAGAGAGGGCCCCACCUGGAAGAAGCUGGUAGAAGUGCAGAGCCUGAUGCUCGCUGAGGUGGUGGGUGGGGCCCAGCGUAACACCCUCAAAUCGGCCCUCAAGAGCCUCAACCGGCUAUGGAAAGAGAACCCGGGCCUGGCCGAGCAGUACCUGAGCACCCUGCUGAGUCUGGACCAGAACCAAAGUUCGCUGGUUCUACUUGGCGUGUGUGUGGACUUCUGCACGGCCCAGAAGGACAUGGGCACCAUUGAGAAGCACAAGGGUGCCCUGCUGGAUCUCUACCUGAAGACUGUCCUGAUGAGUAAGAGCCGGCCGGCCCAGCACAUCCUGGAGUGGAGCGGCUCCAUACUGCGGCACAUCACCCACAGCGACUUCCGGGAGCAGCUGCUGCCUGCCCUGCAGAAAGCCAUGUUGCGCAGCCCGGAGAACGCCAUGCAGACCAUUUCCUGUCUGCUCACCUCCGUGACCCUUGACCUUAGCCAGUAUGCCCUGGAUAUCGGGAAAGGCCUUGCAAGCCACCUGAAGGCCAACAACGCACAGCUGACGGAGGAGGCCGUGGUGGCCUUGCAGCACCUGGCCGAGCAGUGCAGUGACCCCAGUGCAGUCCAGGACGUUGUCACACACCUCUUCAACAUCUUGGGAGGUUCUGAGGGGAAGCUCACGGUGGUGGCCCAGAAGAUGAGCGUCCUCUCAGGAAUCGGCAGUUGCAGCCACCAUGCCCUCUCCGGCACGUCUGGCCAGGCCCUCAGUUCUGCUGUCACCCUGCUCUUCAUCCCCUACCUGCAGCAGGAAGUUCAUGAGAGCACGCUCGUGCAUGCGGUGGGCGUGCUGUCGCAGUGGAGCGGGAAGUUGACAGUGGAGGUCCCACGCCCCCUAGUGGAAUGGCUAAAGAAGGCAUUCACCCUGAAAGUCACCACAUCCUCCGUGCGGCACGCCUACCUCCAGGCCAUGCUGGGGGCCUUCAGAGGCGACACUCUGUCUCAGGCCUCGGAGCUGGUGCCCCUGCUGGUGCAGACGGUAGAGAAGGCCGGUGCUCAGAACUCCCAGCAAUCCUUGCUCUCAGAAGGCGUGGCAGCCGCCGUGCUGCUGUGCCGCCUGUCCCUGCAGGAGGCCCUGUCAGAUUCAAAGAUGGCUGCUUUUUGGACUCUGAUCCUGGAUGAGAAAAAGCCGCUGUUCACCACGGAGAAGUUCCUGUCCCAGGCCAGUGAGGAAGCCUUGUGCACCGUGCUGCAGCUCUGUGAGAGGCUCUUCUUGGACCAUGCCCACCGACUCACCAACAGCAAAUCACAGAUGUACCACCAUGCGGUGGUGGCAGCACUGCUCUCGCGGAGCUGGCGGGUGCGCAAGAGGGCGCAGCAGACCGUCAGGAAGUUGCUGUCGUCGCUGGGCAGCUCCGGCCUGGCACAUGGCCUCCUGGGAGAGCUGCAGGCUGCGGUCAACGCACACAAGGUGCUGCCCCCAGAUGCUUUGCUGUCGGAGACCGGCGAGCUUUCGGAGCUGGGCCGCACCUACACCCCACCGCGCGUCCUGUCGGAGGCGCUGUGCACCAUCUGCUCAGCCGCCACCUUGCAGGACGACCCCACAGAGGCUGAGCGCCUCGCCGAAGAGAUCCUGGUUGUCUCCCACCAUCCCUCCAUAGAGGUGGCUCGUCCGGGGCUUUGGCCAGUACUGCUGUCGCACAUGAAGGUCGACACUGCCAACUUCAUUGAUAAACACCUGGAGAAAAUCCUUCCUCGUCUGCUGGCUGGUGAUGCCGACGACCAGGCGACAAAGAACGCAGUGGGCUCCCUGUGCACACUGUCCCCUGAGAAGCUGCUACCGCGGGUGGUGGAGCGGGUCACCGAGCGGCUGUCGAACCUCACGCUGGGGCAGGUCACCCGGGAGGAAUACUCCAUCAUGCUGACUCCCGAGGGGGAGCUCCAUGACAAGAGCAUCAUCCAGAGUGCCCAGCAGGAGAGCACCAAGAAGGGCAACCUGAAAAGGGAGAACAAGGCGUACUCCUUCAAGGAGCAGAUCAUCGAGCUGGAGCUGCAGGAGGAAAUCAAGAAGAAGAAAGGCAUCAAGGAGGAGGUGCAGCUGACCAGCAAGCAGAAGGAGAUGGUGCAGAGCCAGCUGGAGAAGGAGGCGGCCAUCCGCAGGAGACUACAGGAGCUGGAGGUAGAACUGAAAGCCACUGUGCGUCUUCUGGGGGCGCUGCUGAGCCGGCGGCCGGCCCACCUCUCCUGGCACCUCCCUGGGGUCCUGCAGGUGCUGAUGCCCCUGCUCCACUCGCCCCUGGCAGCGCCCAUUGUCCGCCAGCCCUUCCUGGACAUAGGCAUCUUCCUGAUGCCCAAGGAGCUGCACCACCUUGCCAUGCUGGUGGGCCAGGUAACCUUGCGAGUCCUGAAGCCGGAGUGCCCCCUAGAGGAGGCGUGGUGCCAGGAGGACCUGGCUAUGGCCACCCAGCGCACGGUGCUGCUGCUGCACGCCCAUACUGUGCCACGCCGCGACGCCAAGGCUGACGCCAGGCCUCUGUCUGCUCCAUCCUUCUCCUUCUGCUUCCCGCUACUGCACGCCAUGUUGAGCGAGACGGCCUGCACCAGCGACCAGGUGGAGGCCAUGCUGGUCCAGGCGCUGCAGAUCAUCAGCGAGCACGCGCAGCUCCGUGCCCGCGACUCCCCCGACCUGCUUGUUGACGAGUACGGUCCAGAAAUGCUGCCCCGUGUCAACAUGCUGCUGCUGCUCACCAAGGUUAUUUCCACUGGUGCCCCCCGGCUUCAGGUCCUGGCCUCCAGCUGCCUGACCUCUUUGUGUGCCAGUGCUGGGGGGGGGCAGGGCUGUGCCCUGGCAGAGCUGGCCGAGGUCGAUGUGUUGCUGCAGGCCCUGCUAUCACCCUGCUUCUCCGUGCGAGAUGCUGCCCUCAGGGGGCUGUUGGAGCUGGAGAUGGCCCUGCCCACCGACGCGGAAGCUGAAGUGGGCCUCGGGGUGCUGCGCAGGCUCUGGGUGGCCCGCUUUGACCAGGAGGAGGAGGGCCGCGCCCUGGCUGAUAAGCUCUGGCAGUCCCUGUGCCUGGAGCUGGUGCCGGAGCUAUGCAGUCUGCUGAUCGCCGACGUGACACAUCACGAGGAGGCAGUCCGCUCUGCCGCCGCCGAUGCCCUCUCCAGUGCCCUCAGCAGCUACCGGGGACAGGCCCCUGCUGUGCUGGCUCGCCUCAUCGAGCUCUACCAGCAGAGACUCUACAGGCCCCCUCCUGUCCUGGACGCCCUCGGCCGAGUCAUUUCCGAAGCCCCACCAGACCAGUGGGAAGCAAGGUGUGGCAUCGCACUGGCCCUGAAUAAGCUGGCCCAGUACCUGGAUGAGUCACAGGUGACACCCCUCUUCCUGUUCUUCGUACCUGACGCCCUGAAUGACCGGCACCCGGAAGUCCGCCGCUGCAUGCUGGACGCCGCGCUCUCUGCCCUCAAUGCGCAUGGAAAGGACAAUGUCAGCUCCUUGCUGCCAGUCUUUGAGGAGUUUCUGAAGAAUGCCCCCCAGGAUGCCAGCUAUGACUCUGUCCGCCAGAGCGUCGUCAUCCUCAUGGGCUCUCUGGCCAAACACCUGGACAAGAGUGACCCCAAGGUGAAGCCCAUCGUGGCCAAGCUCAUUACGGCCCUGUCCACGCCCUCCCAGCAGGUCCAGGAGUCGGUGGCCAGCUGCCUACCCCCGCUGGUGCCGGCCAUCCGCGAGGAUGCGGGCGGGAUGGUGCGCAAGCUGCUGCAGCUGCUGCUGGAAAGCGAUAAGUAUGCAGAGCGCAAGGGCGCCGCCUAUGGGCUGGCCGGCCUCGUCAAAGGCCUGGGCAUCUUGGCACUCAAACAGCAGGACAUCAUGACCACGCUUACGGAUGCCAUCCAGGACAAGAAGAACUUCCGCCGAAGAGAGGGGGCCCUCUUUGCCUUCGAGAUGCUCUGUAACAUGCUCGGGAAGCUCUUUGAGCCAUACGUCGUGCACGUUCUACCCCACCUGCUUCUCUGUUUUGGAGAUGGAAACCAGUAUGUCAGAGAGGCCGCGGACGACUGUGCCAAGGCUGUGAUGAGGAACCUGAGCGCCCACGGGGUAAAGCUGGUGCUGCCCUCCUUGCUGGUGGCCCUGGAGGAGGAGUCCUGGCGGACCAAAGCAGGCUCCGUUGACCUUCUGGGUGCCAUGGCGUACUGCGCCCCCAAGCAGCUCUCGUCCUGCCUGCCCAGCAUUGUGCCCAAGCUGACGGAGGUGCUGACUGACUCACACGUCAAGGUGCAGAAGGCGGGCCAGCAGGCGCUGAGGCUCAUCGGCUCUGUCAUCCGCAACCCUGAGAUCCUGGCUAUCACCCCCAUCUUGCUGGACGCGCUCACGGACCCCUCCCACAGGACACAGCACUGCCUGCAGACGCUGCUGGACACCAAGUUUGUGCACUUCAUUGAUGCGCCCUCCCUGGCCCUCAUCAUGCCCAUCGUGCAGCGCGCCUUCCAGGACCGCUCCACUGACACCCGCAAGAUGGCCGCCCAGAUCAUCGGCAACAUGUACUCCCUGACGGACCAGAAGGACCUGUCCCCUUACCUGCCCAGUGUCAUCCCAGGACUCAAGGCCUCCCUGUUGGAUCCUGUGCCAGAAGUGCGCACGGUCUCGGCCAAGGCCCUGGGCGCCAUGGUGAAGGGCAUGGGCGAGUCCAGCUUCGACGAUCUGCUGCCCUGGCUCAUGGAGACUCUGGCCUCUGAGCAGAGCUCCGUCGACCGCUCUGGUGCCGCCCAAGGUCUGGCAGAGGUCAUGGCGGGUCUCGGCGUGGAGAAACUGGACAAGCUGAUGCCAGACGUGGUUCAGACAGCCAGCAAGGUGGACAUUGCCUCACACGUGCGGGACGGAUACAUCAUGAUGUUCAUCUACCUGCCACUUACCUUCGGGGACAAGUUCACACCCUACGUGGGCCCCAUCAUCCCCUGCAUCCUCAAGGCUCUGGCGGAUGAGAACGAGUAUGUGCGGGACACAGCGCUGCGGGCGGGCCAGCGCAUCAUCAGCAUGUACGCCGAGACGGCCAUCGCACUGCUGCUGCCCGAGCUCGAGCAGGGGCUCUUUGACGACCUGUGGAGGAUCCGGUUCAGUUCUGUACAGCUACUGGGAGACCUACUUUUCCACAUCUCCGGGGUGACGGGGAAGAUGACCACAGAGACAGCGUCUGAGGACGACAACUUCGGCACAGCGCAGUCCAACAAGGCCAUCAUCGGAGCCCUGGGAGUGGAGCGCAGGAACCGCGUGCUGUCUGGGCUCUACAUGGGCCGCUCAGACACACAGCUGGUGGUGAGACAGGCCUCCCUGCACGUCUGGAAGAUCGUGGUAUCCAACACGCCCCGCACCCUCCGUGAGAUCCUGCCCACGCUCUUCUCCCUGCUGCUGGGCUUCCUGGCCUCUACCUGCCCCGACAAGCGUACGAUUGCUGCCCGCACACUGGGCGACCUGGUGCGCAAGCUGGGUGAGAAGAUCCUUCCGGAGAUCAUCCCUAUCCUGGAGGACGGCCUGCGCUCCGACAAGAGCGACGAGCGCCAGGGCGUAUGCAUCGGCCUCAGCGAGAUCAUGAAGUCAACCAGCAAGGAUGCGGUGUUGGUCUUCUCCGAGUCUCUGGUGCCCACGGUGCGCAGGGCGCUGUGUGACCCACUGGAAGAGGUGCGGCAGGCUGCUGCCAGGACCUUCGAGCAGCUGCACUCCACCAUCGGGCACCAGGCGCUGGACGACAUCCUGCCCACACUGCUGCGGCAGCUGGAGGACCCGGAGACGUCGGAGUUCGCUCUGGACGGCCUGAAGCAGGUGAUGGCUGUGAAAAGCCGCUCCGUGCUGCCAUACCUGGUGCCUAAGCUGACGGCACCCCCUGUGAACACGCGGGUCCUGGCCUUCCUGUCCGCCGUGGCGGGAGAUGCGCUCACCAGACACCUGGGUGUCAUCCUGCCUGCUCUCAUGUCCUCCCUUAAGGACAAGCUGGGGACCGAGGAAGGCCAGCAGGAGCUGUGCUGCUGCCAGACGGUGAUCCUGUCUGUGGAGGAUGAGGCAGGACAGCGCAUCAUCAUGGAGGACCUGCUGGAGGCGUCGCGGGGUCCCGACGCCGGCAUGCGCCUGGCCUCAGUCACCAUCCUCAGCGCUUACUUCGCCCGCACGCGCACAGACCACAGCGCCCACACACGCGCACUGCUGUCGGGUCUCAUCCGCCUCAUGAAUGACGCCAACCCUGAGGUCCUCAACCAGAGCUGGGACACCAUCAACUCCAUCACCAAGAAACUGGAUGCGGGCAGCCAGCUGGCCUUGAUCGACGACCUGCACAGGGACAUCCGCUCAGCUGGCGCUGAUGCCAAGGGCCAGCAUCUGCCGGGCUUCUGCCUGCCCAAGAAGGGCGUGACGUGCAUCCUGCCCGUGCUCCGAGAGGGCGUGCUGACAGGCAGCCCAGAGCAGAAGGAGGAGGCCGCCAAGGCGCUGGGUUGCAUCAUCCGGCUGACCUCGCCCGAAGCCCUGAAGCCUUCCGUGGUGAACAUCACUGGCCCGCUCAUCCGAAUCCUGGGAGACCGCUUCUCUUGGACCGUCAAGACGGCCUUGCUGGAGACCCUCACCCUGCUGCUGGCAAAGGUGGGCAUUGCCCUGAAGCCCUUCCUGCCCCAGCUGCAGACCACCUUCCUAAAGGCUCUGCAGGACUCGAGCCGCGCAGUGCGCCUGCGGGCCGCCGAGGCCCUCGGACAGCUCGUUUCCAUACACAGCAAAGUGGACCCCCUGUUCAGCGAGCAGCUUGCCGCCAUCCGCAACGCAGAGGACUCGGGUGUCCGGGAAACCAUGCUGCAGGCUCUGAGGUUUGUAAUCCAGGGCGCAGGGUCAAAGGUCGAUCCGGCCAUCCGCAAGAACAUCAGCACCAUGCUGCUCGGCAUGCUGGGACAUGACGAGGAUGCCACACGCAUGUCAGCCGCUGGCUGUAUUGGCGAGCUCUGUGCUUUCCUGCCAGAGGAGGAGCUCAGGGCGAUCCUGUUGCAGCACGUCCUGGCGGAUGUGUCCGGCGUGGACUGGAUGGUGCGACACGGCCGCAGCAUGGCCUUGGCCAUCGUUAUCAAGGCAGCCCCCCAGCGGCUCUCGGCUGAGGAGUACGGCCCCACUGUGCUGGCCGCCGUCUUGGCCAGUGCCACGGCAGACAGGAUCCCCAUCGCCACCAGCGGCAUCAGGGCCAUGGGCUAUCUGAUGAGGCACCAAAUGGUGAAUGAGGGAGGGGGCGGCGUCUCGCCUCGAAUCAUCUCGCAGUUUGGGAAGUGUCUGCAGAACCAGUCGAGCGACGUGCGGCUGGUGGCGGAGCGUGUGCUGUGGUGGGUGUGCCGUGAGCCCACCACACCGGCCCUGGACCUGGGCCUGCUCAAGCCUCUGCUCAAGAUCCUGCUGGAUAACACCAAGGACAAGAACACGAGCGUGCGCGCCCAGAGCGAGCACACCAUCGUCAGCCUGCUGCGGCUGAGGCAGGGGGAUGACCUGCUGCAGAGUGUCAGUGCCACCCUGGAUUCUGCCAGCAAUGAGCUGCUGUCUGAGUGCAGCCGCCGUUCCCUGAAAAAGAUCGCCGGCUUGCCAGACUCCAACGAGGAGAUCGACGACACCAUCCUCACGUGACGUGUUGGCUGGAAUCGAACCGGACAGGACCGGACUGCUGCCACAGCUGCAUGUGACACGUUCACACCUGUGACCUGCGACACACACACACACACACACACACACACACGUCUUGCGAACCACACACUAAUGCCUCAUGAACUGUGGCCACGCUCUGCGUACAGGAAGAGGUGAGGAGGGAGGCGCCGGCUUCCUUCAUCACCUCGAUUCUAUUUUUUUCUGAAGUAAUAGCCAUUCUGUUCUCCUUAAUAUAGUACCAGCAUUGUAGGGUGCAUUACUCCUAGAGCGCACAACUCAUUGACAGUAAAAACAGCUAAGCAUCCAGAUGUCAUGAGUUAAAGAUUUGAGAUUUAAAUACAAUUCAAAAAUUCCCUUUUUAAAUUCUGAGGAACAGUUGAGAACGGUGCUGUUCAGGGUAUUCCCCAGCCUAUAGCCAGCGCUGCCUCCAGGCCCUGCAACCGGGUCGACAAUAAGCAGCUGCAGGAUGGAUCGAUGUUAAUAACGUUACUCUGUACAUCAGGAUCUUUACAGAAGAUUGAAAAUGGCUUCCCCCCCCCCCCCCCCUUUCCUUUUUCGGCCCCCAGGUUUUAUGCUCUUGUGUGUCUGUGUGUAUCUGUGCCACACAUAGCUCUGGCUAAGAGAAAUCUGCGGGAUGAUGUUAAUACCAUAAUCUGUUAUUGACCCUCCCCCCAAGAUGCUGUACAAAUGAAGAACAGCCAAAAUGACCUGAUUUAAUAAAUGGUUUCAAGUGUUAACUGAAAUAGUAUAUUUGGUGGGGUUGGGAGGGGGGCAGGAGUCUGAACCGAGUGGGUAUAAGAUCUGCAAGUUCAUAGCCUGUCAUUUUUAUGAACUGUGCUGGAUAAAUGUCAUGAAUAUA